UUACCUCCGGGUGGAGUCGACCUCCGGCGGGCAGGGAAGGACUGGACGCGUGCGAGGCGAGCUGUGUGAGGGCAGGUUCUCCCGAGAGCCGCCUAGGCCUGGCCGUGGCGUUUCCUUGUUUUCUGACGGCUCCUCGGCUCCCUGACAGAUGAGCUUUGUUUCUCCUGACCGAGACUUGACAUAGCUGCAUAAGAAUUGCUGAUCGCGACGCAUUUAAAAGAUUAUGGCAUCUGAGACCCACAAUGUUAAAAAACGGAACUUUUAUAAUAGCAUUGAAGAUCAUCCCAUUGGUCUUCCUAGAAAAAGGAUCUCUAAUUUCACUAAUAAGAACAUGAAGGAGGUUAAGAAAUCUCCAAAACAGUUGGCUGCUUACAUAAAUAGAACAGUUGGACAAGCUGUGAGAAGCCCAGAUAAACUACGUAAGGUGAUCUAUCACAGAAAGAAAGUUCAUCAUUCCUUUCCAAAUCCUUGUUACAGAAAAAAACAGUCCCCUAGAAGUGGGGGCUGUGACAUGGCAAAUAAAGAAAAUGAACUGGCUUGUGCAGGCCACCUGCCCGAAAAAUUACACCAUGAUAGUCGAACAUAUUUAGUUAACUCCAGUGAUUCUGGUUCUUCACAGACAGAAAGCCCAUCAUCAAAAUAUAGUGGUUUUUUUUCUGAGGUUUCUCAGGACCAUGAAACAAUGGCCCAAGUUUUGUUCAUCAUGAGAUUGAACGUAGCUUUAACUUUCUGGAGAAAGAGAAGUAUAAGUGAACUUGUAGCUUAUUUGGUGAGGAUAGAUGAUCUCGGAGUUGUGGUAGAUUGUCUUCCUGUGCUGACCAAUAGUUUACAGGAAGAAAAACAGUAUAUCUCACUUGGCUGCUGUGUAGACUUGUUGCCUCUAGUAAAGUCACUACUUAAAAGCAAAUUUGAAGAAUAUGUAAUAGUUGGUCUAAAUUGGCUUCAAGCAGUCAUUAAAAGAUGGUGGUCAGAACUAUCAUCCAAAACAGAAAUUAUAAAUGAUGGAAAUAUUCAGAUUUUAAAACAACAAUUAAGUGGAUUGUGGGAACAGGAAAAUCAUCUUACUUUGGUUCCAGGAUAUACUGGUAAUAUUGCUAAGGAUGUAGAUGCCUAUUUAUUACAGUUGCAUUGAGAGAUUUUUGUCUACUAAAGAGCAUUUGGUUGUUCAAAACAUCCUUGGACUGUAUGAUUUCCAAGAGAAGAUCUCAUCUGAGAACUGUGAACUGUAGAAGAAAUCAAAACCAUUUUUUCUUUUAUAAAACCACGUAAUGAAACCACUAAUGAAACCCUAACAAUCUACUUCACAUUGAAGUGGAAAAAUAACUGAAAGGAGCAGCUUCAACUUCAAUGAGGUCAAAGUGCACUACGAAGAUUAUUCGCCUUUGCUGCAUUUGGGAUUUAUAUAGUUGUUUAAGAACUACUGGGUCUUAAUGCAAUCCUACAUAAGAAUAUAAUUUAUAUUAUGUGAAAAAAUAAGACAGGACUUAUUACUAGGAACCACAAAGACCAAUCAUCAUUCAUUUUUUUUAAGGUUGUGUUUUAUAAAAAAACACUUAAAUGUGUGCAGCUAUUUUCUUAUGUUGAAAAAGACUUUGAACAUUUAAGACAUCAUAGCAAAUAAUCAAUAUUAAAAUGUUUUUGUCCACACUGAGAUACUGUGUAUGCAAAAUGCCUUAAUUAUUAACAAGCCAAUGUUUCAUGAUACCCAUAUCUGUUUUAAAAAGUUAAAACCAACCAUGUUCUGGCAUGAUAAAAUCAUGGACUUAAAUCAGGGGGUUACAUUCAUGUAGAAUGUUAUUGUCGAAAUGUAUUCCACACCAUUUUUAAAACUUGAGAGUAUUUUUAGGUCUCUGGGUUUUUUUUUUGCCGGAAACAUGAUAUCAUGUAUGUAUGCGUUAUCCCUAUGAAAGGAAAAAGGUGAAUAUGUAUCUGUAUGAAUGUUUAACUGGAAAUGUCCAUGGAGUUGGCUAAUUUAUAUUCACUUUUUAUUGUAUAUAGAUUUCUAAUAUUUUUCAUUUCUGUAUCAUUUAAACUUCUGUCAUUUGAGUAAAUUUACUAAAUACUCUAUUUUUUGCUUUUUAAAAUUCUGAUUUUAUAUGCAUUCUAAUUCUUUUUCAGUAUAUAUGUUUUAAAGAGUUACCUACUAUGCUUUAGAAUUGUUUACAGUUAAUGCUGACCUUGUUUAAAUUCCAGAACUCCACAUUACUACCUCCUCUAAUGGUUAGUACAAUAUGCCAGCAGACUAUAUUAGUUCUUCUUUUUUUUUUUUUUUUUUUAAUAUGCUACGUUUAGUUCCGUGAACUCGACUCUGGGCUAUCAGAAUAGUUCUAAGUCUUACCUAACCUGAAAAUGAUUGGUGUUUAAUACCAUAGCUGGUGGUUCAUAUAUCAUCUCAUCCUUAGUAAUCCUAACAGGCAUCUGAGCAAAGAUUUGUAGUAAUCAAAUUCUCUGCAGUGAUCCUGCAAGCACAUGAAUGUAAACCUUUAGCAUUUACCCAAUAGUGACUACUGAUGUAAAUUGCAGGUAUCAUACUUGCUGUAAAAA